UCGGGCGGGUGCGCGGGGCCGGCCGGGAGCGCCCGGGCCGGGGCUGCGGGGGGCGAGCGAACGGCCGGGCCGGGCCAGGCCGGGCCCCGCCAUGGCGGCCGAGGGGAAGGUGACGGGGCAAAGCCAGGAGCAGUUCCUGCUGCUGGCCAAGGCGGCCCGCGGCGCCGCGCUCGCCAGCCUGAUCCACCAGGUGCUGGAGGCCCCGGGCAUCUACGUGUUCGGGGAGUUGCUGGACAUGCCCGCCGUCCGCGAGCUGGCCGACAGCGAGUUCUCCCCCGUGUUCCGCCUCCUCACCAUCUUCGCCUACGGCACCUAUGCGGACUACCUGGCUGAAGCAGCAAACCUCCCUCCCUUGACAGAGGCCCAGAAGAACAAACUGAGGCACCUGUCAGUCGUCACUCUAGCUGCCAAGAUCAAGUGCAUCCCCUACUCAGUGCUGCUGGAGCAGUUACAGCUGAAGAAUGUCCGGCAGCUGGAGGACCUGGUGAUUGAGGCUGUGUAUGCAGAUGUGCUUCGAGGGAGCUUGGAUCAACGGAACCAACGCCUGGAGGUGGAUUACAGCAUUGGGAGGGACAUCCGGAGGGAGGAGCUUAGCACCAUCACCCGCACAUUGCAGGAGUGGUGCCAGGGCUGCGAGGUUGUCCUGUCGGGCAUCGAAGAGCAGGUCAGCCGGGCCAACCAGCACAAAGAGCAACAGCUGGCCCUGAAGCAGCAGAUCGAGAGUGAGGUGGCAAACCUGAAGAAGACCAUUAAAGUGACAACAGCAGCUGCUGCAGCAGCCACGUCUCAAGACCCAGAGCAGCACCUCACGGAGCUCAGGGAGCCAGCCCCUGGCACCAACCAGCGCCAGGCGAGCAAGAAAACCUCCAAAGCCAAAGGGUGAGCAGUGUGGCAGACAGAGCAUGUAUCUGGGGGAACAUCAGUGCACUUUUCUGUGUGCACUUAGGAAGGAAGUGAGAU